AUGAUAUCAUUAAGCUGCAAACAAUUAGGAGGUGGAGUUGGCAGACGAUUGUGUAUGCCCAUUUACAGUGGUAGUAGCGAUAGUGUUUUUAAAGAUAAGCAUUUUGUUUUAAAAAAAAUAAAUCAUAAGUAUGAGAAUGUUUUAUUAUUCGGUGAUGUAAAUAAAUUAAGAAGCACGGCUGUGGAUCUAAUAAGAACCAUUUCGGGUAAAUCAGAGAACUCGAAUGCUGAUUAUGAAAAUAUUAAUUUCAAAAGAUAUGGAGGUAGGAAGGAAAUUAAGUCAAUAGAAGCAAAAAACGAGAAAAAUUUAGAAAAUGAUAUCACAGUUAAUGAUUACAGUACUGAGGAUAGCGAUCUCUUAACAGGUAAUGAUAACAAUUUGGAAAAAGUAAUAAUAACUUCACAAAAUAAAAAUCUCGAGUUAAGGAAGAAGUUAUCAUUUUGGCAAAUAUACAGCUUAAGAGUUAAAAAGAGCCUACAUUUAUUUAAUUUACGUGAUUUUGCGUUGAUUCUUCAGUCUUUUCAUUUGUAUAACAAGGAUACCGGAAUUUAUGUGUCAAGUGUAAAACACAUUGACAGGCAAGUCGCCUCAAUGAAUGGAAUUUCGUUCGUGAUAAUUUUAAACAUUUUGAGCAAGAGAUUAAAAAAGAAUAACUACAACGAUUUUUUCAAGAAAAUGAUGAAUUAUUUGCCGAACGUUAUAUACGAAUUAAAUAUACAAGAUAUGAACAACAUUUUAAACUGUUUUUACAAUUUAGAGUUAAGUAAUACAAAAGUCUGUGAAAUGUUUUGUCCGAAAAUUAUAUCAAAUUUAGACAAAGUAGAAGAUACUUAUACCCUUUCAUCUUUAUGUUAUAUUUUCUAUAAAUAUGACUUUGAAAAUUUACAUUUUUUUGAAUGUUUAAAAAAAAGAGGACUGUGUUUACUGAAUGAUUUUGAUGCGACUGAGUUUUAUAGGUUCAUAUUUUCAUUAUAUAAAAAAAAUAUUUGCUUAAAAGAUAUUAUUGAGAAAAAGAAAAAUGACGUUUUUACUUUUUUGUCUAAUUACAAUGAUGAGGAGAAAUUAUUUAUGUGUAAAUUUUUCGGGAUAAAAUGA